AUGACUCUCCGCAGGCCAGCUGCCCACCUGCGAAGGGCUCCGGCUUGGAGGAGAUCAGGAGAUGAGUCCUACUGGGAGAGCUUAAUAGCAGAGGGGGAGGUUUUGCCCCAUGUCUCUCGCCCCCAGCGUGCACCUCGGCCCCAGAGUGCCAUUGAAGGAGGCCAGCUGGACGGCUGGCUGGAGCACCUGCAGAGGAUGCAGAGCGACUUUCUCAGAGCCCCAGCUCACGAUGCAGCGCUCAGUGAUCGGACAACAUCCACGCCUGCUCUCCACAAAGAGCCACAUGCCAGGAGACAGCCGGGCAUCCCCUCCUUCAGCAGGGGUUCGUCUUCAUGUGGGAGUCCCAGCCUGUGUGAGAGUUCACUGGGCAGCCAGGAGUCCCUCCAGACGGGUUUUUUUUCUCCUCCAGAGCGCAGGGGAAGCUGGGAGAGAGCUCAUAUCACGCAGGCCCCCAGCAAGGAAGAAGCUCAACUCAGUUAUCUUGCUCCAGUGAAAAUUGGGUGGCUGCCCAUUCAGAGAAGAGUGAUGGUGGCUGAUGCCUGCAACCAAAGCCAGUUUUUGGACCACACUGGUGGCCAGGUGAAAUUGAAACAACCCAUCACGCCAACGUUUCAGAAGAAUCCAGCAACAGCCAACAGACACCAGGAUGAAGAGGUGGAGAGAAGUCGUACCAGUCUGAGCACUUUGGGCGUGAGGACGUGGCGGACACCUGAUCAAGACUCUCCCAUUACUAAACAGGUGCCAGAAAAACGAAGCUUUUCGGCUAACGAAGGGGACAGACCUGUGGGCUGGCAAGCUCUGAGGAGAGGCUGGAGCACCAGCAGGGUGUCAGCUUUCCCUGGAGGCAGUCAGUCCAAUGAGUUCUCCACAGGGACCGGCUCAGACCCCAACAGGAAUUCCUCUCUGACGAAAACAACCAGUAUAGAGCCCCUCAAGCAUGUCGCACACCGAACAACUUCUGCUGAUCCCUGCAAACCACACACUCAGCUGCAAGGCACAAACAACACAGAGACAUACAAGUCAUACACUCCUCUGCAUAGGACGGGCAGUGCUCAGCCUAUAAGGGCAACAACCCCGCUGAGCACAACAAACAGCCACUCACAGGCCUCACACAUACAGACAAGUUCUGCUGUGACUACAAUCGUCCCUCAGAACAAAGCUGGCUUCUCCUCCAUCACCAUCUCCUCCAGGAAAGUGAGCAGAUCGGCCAGUUUGCCUGGCUCCGCCACCCGCGGCCACUCCUCACAGUCCAGUGAAUCCCCUUCUCCGCCGCCAGGCCUCCGGUCUAUGGACCCAAACUCCAGGCAGGUCACAGUCCAGAGGAAGGCCACGAUAGUCAAAGUGACAGAGCAAAGGAUGAUGUCCAGCCCAGUCCUGAGCACAAAAAGGGUUGGGACCCCACCAGAUAGCCAUGCUUUGGACACAGUGGUGCACAGAAGAAAGGCUACCAUAAUCAAAGUGACAGAGCACAGGGAGAGCUACAGUCCAGCCAAAGAGGGAUCUGGGACGAGGCACCCGGAGUACAGGCACAGCUACACAGAGGGAGUGUACAAGGAAAACAGCAUGUGGAGUCAGGGGAACCAUUCACAACACAAUGCAGCACCUUCAUACCGCCAUCUGGAUUCCACAAACAGGCCAAACUCUGCUGUAGCACCACAUAAAUCCACUUCAGAUGCAGAGAAAAAUGGUGGAACACUACACAGGUCCACGCUGAGUCUCAUUGUGAGCACCCCUCCCGCUAUAGCAGCACCGGCUCCCUCAGAGGUUCCUCUGAGAGCAGCUGGACGGAGAUCGGACAGGCCGGACAGACCACUGAGCUGCUAUGGCAAUAUGUUUGGACACACCGAGCCAAGCAAGGAAAAUGCGACACAAACGGUUGCCAGGAAAUGGAGCUUUGGGCUUCCACGAGAGACCGAUAUCAACCCUGCGAACCCCGACAGGAGCUUCAUCAGCCCUCCACCAGCGGGGGAAGAAGCGGGUCAGAAAGUGGCAGACACCCUUGAGCCAAAUAGAGGCAAGAAAGAAAGACUGCCGCCAGAGAGGAGAGUGUCCCCCAGUCUAACUCUCAUCAAGGCCCCGGAUCCCCACUCGCAUCAGUCUCCAGAGGAAGUGGUUGCCCUCAAUGCUGCUGCCAUCAUCGCAAAUAUCAAACUCCAAAGCCAACUAAGUAAGAAUAAAUCACCAAAUGGCAAAUCUGAGAGGGACCCCACUGCAUCGCCCCAGGGAAACACCGAUGAGGGGAAACGUCUGAAUCCACAUCCAGGUCCGAGCACGGUCCAGCGGCGCGCCCCGCCUCCUGCUGCAUUCGUCCCGCUGAGUCCUGAUCCUGAGAGGCCACCUGAAGCUUUCUCUCUCCAGGAGGCGCUGCAGAGGUCCAGGCCAGACUUCAUCAGCCGUUCCCAGGGCAGGCUGCGAGAGCUGGAGCGAAGGACGCGGGAGAGGAGGCAGCUGGCGGCCUCGGUAAACCCUCAGUCGGGCGCUGCUCUCCGGCAGAGGAGAGCCCGCAGUGCCCGGUCUACCUCUCUCAACGAUAACCUUUUCAAACCCAGAGAUAGAGCCGUUGCUGGGAACGAGAUGCAGCUCAGAUCUAAGCGUACGCCUGCAGAGGCGAAGGGGAAAAAAGAGGAAGAGAAGAAGAGGGAGGUGUGUUUGAGCAACAGGCAGCGGGUCGAGCUGUUCAAAAAGAGACUGUUGGAUCAGAUUCUUCAAAGGAGCAACAGCUGAAUGACUGACAGCUGAUGAAGAUGAUGACCUGAUGAAGCCCGUAGCUGCAUAAAAGACUGAUGAAGUGAUCUUUGCUCUUUAGCAGCGCUGAACAUGAACCCCUGCUUGUGAGCGACUUAGCCUUUCCAGGAUGCUCCUUUCAUUCCCAAUCAUGAUACUGUCACCUGUUACCAAUCAACCUGUUUACCUGUGGAAUGAUCCAAACAGGUGUUUUUGGAGCAUUUCACGACUUUCCCAGA